CAAUCCACCGGCAGAGACUACAAUUCAACUCAGAUCGGCAGUAUCAACCAUGAAGGCGUUCAUAGUGUUGUCCAUGGCUCUGGCCGUCGUUUCCUGCGCGGCAGUCGACGAAUCUUCCAAAAAGGAGAAACGUGGCCUCUGGGAAGUUGGACAUGAACACGAUGGUUACGAUUACGAUAGCCACCAUCACGACAGUCAUCACGAGGUCAAGCACGUGUCUACGACCAUCACCAAGAAAAUCCCAGUUCCGUAUCCAGUGGAGGUCGAGAAACACGUUCCAGUCCCAGUUGAGGUCCCAUAUCCCGUUCAUGUCGAAAAGAAGGUCCCAGUCUACGUAGAAAAGAACGUUCCAGUCUACGUGGAGAAGAAGGUCCCAGUCCACGUUGACCGUCCCGUCCCAUACCCAGUGGAAGUGAAAGUUCCAGUCGUCCACAAGGAGUACGUCGAGGUCCCGAAACCAUACGCAGUUCAUGUUGAUAAGCCCGUUCCCUACUACGUCGAAAAGCCGGUGUACGUCGAGAAGCAUGUUCCAGUAACCGUGCACAUCAAGGAGCACAAAAAGCACUGGGGUCUGUUCUAGAAAAAUUUAAAUCACAUUCAAAUUAGUCAAAUAUA